UGGAGACAAGAGCAGAUGAGGGGAGAUUUAAGUUCAGUGGUUUUACAUCAAUUUCUGUAACCUUUGGGCUUACUGAUAACGCUGUAAAGUUGUUUAAUCAUUGAUUCCCUAAACUGAGCAUGCCAGGGUGCUUUGCCAGCUCUGCGGGUGGAGCUUGUCCUUGCAGGUGGAGCACAGGUAGCCCUUCUACUGGCUGCGGCUCCAGUCCCGCCCCUUCUCCCAGCACAUAAACCUUCCAGUUUCACCAAAUCACCACUGGGCUGGAAGGGAAACUUUCCAGGCACUGGCCAGCAAGGACUAUCAGGAGCCGCUGAAAGGAAAAUCCAGAGGAGAGAAUCUCAGCAGGAACGUGACCAUGGACCUGAUCCCAAACUUUUCCAUGGAAACAUGGGUUCUCCUGGCUAUCAGCCUAGUGCUCCUCUAUCUCUAUGGGACCUAUUCACAUGGAACUUUUAAGAAGCUGGGAAUUCCUGGGCCAACACCGAUGCCUUUUUUGGGAACUGUUCUGGCCUACCGUAAUGGUUUUUGGGAUUUCGAUAUGAAAUGUUUCAAAAAGUAUGGAAAAAUGUGGGGGUUUUACGACGGUCAACAGGCUGUAUUGGCUAUCACCGAUCCAGACAUGAUCAAAACAGUCCUAGUGAAAGAAUGUUAUUCUGUCUUCACAAACCGGCGGCCUUUUGGUCCAGUGGGAUUUAUGAAGCAUGCCCUCUCAAUGUCUGAGGAUGACCAAUGGAAGAGACUACGGUCAUUGCUGUCUCCAACCUUCACCAGCGGAAAACUCAAGGAGAUGUUCCCAAUGGUUGGCAACUAUGGAGAUGUGUUGGUGAGGAACAUAAGGAAGGAAGCAGAGAAAGGCAAGCCCGUGUCCUUGAAAAACGUAUUUGGAGCCUACAGCAUGGAUGUGAUCACUAGCACAUCAUUUGGAGUGAGCGUUGAUUCCCUCAACAACCCGAAAGAUCCCUUUGUAGAAAAUACCCAGAAGCUCUUAAGAUUUAAUUUCCUUGACCCAUUCAUUCUCUUAAUAACUUUCUUCCCAUUCUUAACACCCGUUUUUGAAUUAUUAAACAUCUCUCUAUUUCCAAAAAGUGUCACUGGUUUUUUCAGAAACUCUAUAAAAAGGAUGAAAGAAAAUCGCCUCAAGGAUGACCAACAGCACCGAGUGGAUCUUCUUCAGCUCAUGAUCAACUCCCAGAAUUCCAAAGACGCUGGCAACCAUAAAGCGAUGACUGAUCUGGAGAUCAUGGCCCAAUCUAUUAUCUUUAUUUUUGCUGGCUAUGAGACCACCAGCACUUCCCUUUCAUUUAUUAUGUAUGAACUGGCCAUUCACCCUGAUGUCCAGAAGAAAUUGCAGGAAGAGAUUGAUACCACUUUCCCCAAUAAGGCACCACCCACCUAUGAUACCGUGAUGCAGAUGGAAUAUCUUGAUAUGGUGGUGAAUGAAGCUCUCAGAAUAUACCCAAUUGCUGGUAGACUUGAGAGGGUCUGCAAAAAAGAUGUGGAAGUCAGUGGGGUGUUCAUUCCCAAAGGAACAGUGAUCAUGAUGCCAAUCUUUGUUCUUCACAAAGACCCAGAGCUUUGGACAGAACCAGAGGAGUUCCGGCCUGAAAGGUUUGGCAAGAAUAACAAGGACAACAUAAAUCCUUAUAUAUAUAUGCCCUUUGGAAACGGACCCCGGAACUGCAUUGGCAUGAGGUUUGCUCUUAUGAACAUGAAAAUUGCUCUUGUCCGAGUACUGCAGAACUUCACCUUCAAGCCUUGUAAAGAAACACAGAUCCCCAUGAAAUUUGGCAAACAAGGACUUGUUCAACCAGAAAAACCUAUUGUUCUAAAGGUUGAACCAAGAGAUGGGAUUGUGAAUGGUGCUUGAUUCUACUUAACGACGUCCACUUUGUUCAUCAAGAGCGCUAUAUCCCAGAACACCAGAAAGCUUAUUUACUGUGUGACUAAAACCCAGAGGUGAAAAUUGCCCUAUACUACUGGACUCAGUGGAUGACUAGGGAUUCUGUAUAUUCAUUUAGUUUUCUUUUGAGAGUACUUCAUAUUGCAUUAUAUGAAGGAGGUGAUUAAGUGUCAGAUAUGGAGACCUGUCUUCUCUGGUCUUCUGAGGACUAUCUCCAUAUACCACCCCCAGUUAGAACCAUCUUCUAAGCACUGAUCAGGAAUUAAAAUUUCUCAAUUUUAUCAACAAACUUUAAUGAAGACAAUAAUUUAUUGUGGUGACUGCAGCACUGACAUUUAUAUCAUGACCACUCAGUCAUGAAAAAGAAUGCAACCUUGCCAUUUGUGGCAACAUGGGUGAAUAUUGAU